AUGGAGCAUAGAGAUAUAGAAGGAUGGCUCACUUCGAAACUAGAAGAGCAGUGGAGCUCUGAGCGACUAUCAUCCCAUCUCACAAAGGAUAUACUGCAGUUCUGUUUGCUAAAGUUUACAAAGAUCGAUUCAAUGAUAAGAAUGAAGUUGUUAUUCUCAUUUCUCAGUCUGAGAAAGAAACAGUUUCAAGACUUGGACAUGACAAUCAAUAUGCUACUACAGGUUGCCGAUGAGGAGGAGGAUGAAUGGCUAAGAGCUCUGGCUCAACUACUGGCGCGUAUCUCUGAGGAGAAGAUCCCCAUCAACAUGGACCUAGAACCAUUCAACAGCACCAUCAAGAAACUAUCUGAGCAAUUGGACAAAAAGGGACCGCCAAACUUCUACCCAUUAGAAUACUUGUAUUUGAAUCGCAAGGCACUGCCUGUGCCUCUGGCCAACAAUCUAACAGAGAACAAACACUUUGCCUUGAAGAAGCCGACGACAGAGUUGCCAGUGUUCAAGAAGACACUUUUCACUCCCACAUUGACAGCAUCGAAAUCAAGCAUCCCAGUGGCACCAGCCAGCAUCACACAGUCAGCAUCACUGUCGUCGUCGUCAGCAUCACUCAGCUCAUCAUUGGCAGCAGCGUCUUCAUCGUCGACCACCUCCACAUCAAACAUCACAUCGUCGUCACCAUACCUCUUGAGCGAAACCAGUCCAACGCUGAGGAAUGAGAAGCUAAAGCUGUUGCAGCAGCAGCCAUCACCUCUGAGAAAGUCAAGUCUAUUCAUACCGAGGACGCAUCAUGCAUCGGAGCACCAAUCAAUGUCAUCGUCCUCAUCGAACCUGCUCAGCAUGUCGGGUACCUCAUCGUCGUCGUCGUCGUCGCUGUCAAUGAGCGGCCAUCACAGUCUGGCGAGCAGUAGUGGCGGCAGUGCAAUGGAAAAGAGAGGAGUCCAGAAGAAGACCAAGAUGCACAUGAUAUCACUGGAUCAGGUGCGAGAGAUCACAACACAGACCACCACGACAAAGAAGAGGAGGCAAUCAAUCAAUGAAGAAGGUAGUGGAAGCUCAAGUGGAGGAGUGACAGAUGAGAAACCACAACAACAGCAACAGUCGACUCAGCAACAACAACAACACAUUACACAACAACACUUUAAUGAGCCAAUCAAUGACUUAUCAUCAUCCAACAACAAUAUUAGUAACAAUGGUAACAUUGAGAUGAACACUCAAGUACAGGCACUUCAUGAACAACAGCAGCAGCAGCAGCAGCAGCAACAACUACCACCUCAACAAGAUGAGACAAAGAUAAAGAAGAAGAAGAAGGAAAAGGCUAAUGCAGAGACUGCUGAACAGAAGAAAGAGAGGAAGGAGAAAGAGAAGAAAGAGAAAGAGAAGAAGGAGAAGAAGGAGAAAAAGGACAAGAAGAAGGAGAAGGAGAAAGAGAAGGAGAAGAAGAAGAAGGAGAAGGAGAAGGAAAAGAAGAAAAAGGACAAGGACAAGGAUAAGGACAAGCCAAAGGUGGAGAAGGUCAAGGAGGUCAAGGAGAAGAGGAAGAAGGACAAGGACGACUCAGAGGCCGCCACAAAGAAACAAAAGGUCACGCGAAAGAAGAAGGCGGGCGCCGAGUCAACGCCUACAAUGAAGAGCGAGGAUGAUUUCUCAUCGCCAGUGGUCACGGCGGACACUGCAUCAUCCAAUGUAAACUAUCAACAACAUCAUCAUCUACAUCAACAACCACAACUUCAGAAUGUCAGAGGUGGCGAGGACCUCAGUGGUCUAUCAUCGUUGAUGAAUGCACUGGAGCAGAAUGGAUCACUGCCACUGGAGCCACAAUACAUGUUACAUCGAUCGACUGCUCAACAUCAAUCAACUGAAGCGUUCCAAUCACAACAACAACAACAACUUCAUCAUCUUCAACAACAACAACAGCCAUUCCAACAACAACAUUUCCAGCAGCAUCAACAACAACCAUUUAUGCAGUACCAACAACAACAACAACAACAUAUCUUCAACAACUACAACUACAACAACAACAACAACAACAGGCGGCGGCAGCUGUUGCCAAACAACCAUCACUGGAAGGAAUAUUGGACACAGCCUCACAUCUGA